AUGACUGUCAAAUGGGGCAAGGGGGGCAGGGGUGGUGGAGGUGGCGGCGGGGGCGGCGGUGGUGGAGGGGGUGGAGGGGGCGGGGGUGGUGGCGGUGGUGGGAGUGGUGCUGGUGUUGGGGGGUUCAAUGGCGGAGCCGGGGGUGGUGGCGGUGGCGGUGGCGGGGGUGGUGGUGGCAGUGGUGGCGGCAGUGGAGCUGGUGGCGGGUGCGGUGGAGCGGUGCAGCGUGGGGGGAUCGGCAGUGGCCAGAGGCAGCAGCAGCAGCGUCCCAGCGAGACCUCGUCGCCCUAG